UUCCGCCACGCUGUGCCAAACGCUGGAAAUUGUCUGCUUUAUUAACGGUUUAAUUAAAUGUGCGCUGGGAAUAAUAUUUCCGUGCCAGUGACGUCAUUAUCGGGGGUUAUACUUUUGUUCCGUGGUCUAAUCAUGUGCUCUCAUCUGUGUAACUAACUAGGCCUUAUGGAUGUGAUGCCUUCAGAUGACUCCGCAGUAGGGCGCGGAGGAAAACCGGAUGUGUGUGAUCAGGUGAAGACUGUGGAGGAUCAAGUUCCUAUGAAUACAGUUACAGGCCUUAGGGAUGUGAUGCCUUCAGAUGACUCCGCAGUAGGGCACGGAGGAAAACCGGAUGUGUGUGAUCAGGUGAAGACUUUGGAGGAUCAAGUUCCUAUGAAUACAGUUACAGGCCGUAUGGAUGUGACGCCUUCAGAUAGCUCAGCGGUUGAGCACGGAGAACCUGAUGUGGGUGACAAGGUGAAGACCGUGGAGCAUCAAGUUCCUAUGAAUAUGGCUACAGGCCGUAUGGAUGUGACGCCUUCAGAUAGCUCAGCGGUUGAGCACGGAGAACCUGAUGUGGGUGACAAGGUGAAGACCGUGGAGCAUCAAGUUCCUAUGAAUAUGGCUACAGGCCUUAUGGAUGUGAUGCCUUCAGAUGACUCCGCAGUAGGGCACGGAGGAAAACCGGAUGUGUGUGAUCAGGUGAAGACUGUGGAGGAUCAAGUUCCUAUGAAUACAGUUACAGGCCUUAUGGAUGUGACGCCUUCAGAUGACUCCGCAGUAGGGCACGGAGGAAAACCGGAUGUGUGUGAUCAGGUGAAGACUGUGGAGGAUCAAGUUCCUAUGAAUACAGCUACAGGCCUUAUGGAUGUGACGCCUUCAGAUGACUCCGCAGUAGGGCACGGAGGAAAACCGGAUGUGUGUGAUCAGGUGAAGACUGUGGAGGAUCAAGUUCCUAUGAAUACAGCUACAGGCCUUAGGGAUGUGAUGCCUUCAGAUGACUCCGCAGUAGGGCACGGAGGAAAACCGGAUGUGUGUGAUCAGGUGAAGACUGUGGAGGAUCAAGUUCCUAUGAAUACAGUUACAGGCCUUAUGGAUGUGACGCCUUCAGAUGACUCCGCAGUAGGGCACGGAGGAAAACCGGAUGUGUGUGAUCAGGUGAAGACUGUGGAGGAUCAAGUUCCUAUGAAUACAGUUACAGGCCUUAUGGAUUUGACGCCUUCAGAUGACUCCGCAGUAGGGCGCGGAGGAAAACCGGAUGUGUGUGAUCAGGUGAAGACUGUGGAGGAUCAAGUUCCUAUGUAUACAGUUACAGGCCGUAUGGAUGUGACGCCUUCAGAUAGCUCAGCGUUUGAGCACGGAGAACCUGAUGUGGGUGACAAGGUGAAGACCGUGGAGCAUCAAGUUCCUAUUAAUACGGCUACAGGCCGUAUGGAUGUGACGCCUUCAGAUAGCUCAGCGUUUGAGCACGGAGAACCUGAUGUGGGUGACAAGGUGAAGACCGUGGAGCAUCAAGUUCCUAUUAAUACGGCUACAGGCCUUAUGGAUGUGACGCCUUCAGAUGACUCCGCAGUAGGGCACGGAGGAAAACCGGAUGUGUGUGAUCAGGUGAAGGCUGUGGAGGAUCAAGUUCCUAUGAAUACAGUUACAGGCCUUAUGGAUGUGACGCCUUCAGGUGACUCUGCAGUAGGGCACGGCGGGAAACCGGAUGUGUGUGAUCAGGUGAAGACUGUGGAGGAUCAAGUUCCUAUGAAUACAGUUACAGGUGUCGGCCCUCCUGCUGUCUCCUCUGCAGAAAAGAGCUCAUCAGGAAAUAAACGUCUUCUACGCUCGACUGCAUCAGAAAUGCCGGCGGCUUCGGCCUCUUCAAGUAAACAAAAAAGGUGUCCAGCAUCCAACCUUCCAGCGGGAAACGCAAUAUCUAACCUUAGAAAUUUCUCAAAAUUGAACUUUCAGUCAAAACAGAUGGUGAUAAAUAACGGAAGACCAAUGCCUGAGCUUAAGGACCUACUUCAAAUGGAUGGACAGAAGAAAAUUACACGGGUGUUUCAACCGGAGUGGUACCAGCGAAAAGAAUGGCUGUGUGGCUGUGCUACAAAAAAACGCCUUUACUGCUUUUCUUGCAUUUUGUUUUCCACUACCGAAAAUGUUUGGACUAACUUGGGAUUUGGCGACUUGAAAAAUCUAUCAAGGAGCCUCAACAAUCAUGAGAAAUCAACAACUCAUAUUCACUGCCAAAUUGCUUUGAAAACCUUUGGUUCAACGUUAGAUCAGUCUUUAAAUGAAAAUGAACGGAGAUUAGAUAUCAGCAACCACAAUGCUAAAGUAAGAGAAAACCGUGAUAUUUUAAAGCACAUUAUUAAAGCAAUCUGCUACCUAGUCAAACAGGAUAUAGCAUUCUGGGGUAACGAGGAGGGUGCAAUAUUACGUAAUCGUGGCAACUUUGUGGAGCUAUUAUAUUUUUUUGCACAGGAAGAUGAAAUUUUAGCUAGACAUUUGGAGACAUCCACUCUGUAUUCUGGAUUAACAAACAGAAUACAGAUCAAUGUAAUUGAAGCAAUUGCUGGCGUAAUUAAAGAUGAUAUAAAAACGGAGAUUAAUGCAGCCCCAUAUGUUGCUGUUGAAGUAGACGAGACAAGGGAUGUAGCAUAUGAUGCCCAGAUUUCUGUAGUUUUGCGUUAUGUGGUUAAAAGUGAGGGGGCUUGUGAGGUGAAGGAGGCAUUCUUAGGUUUUGAUGAAGUGAGUGACAGGCGAGCUCCGGCUAUUUCUAACUAUGUAUUGGGAGUGUUGGAGAAAUACAAUUGUAUUGAAAAGCUGGUAGCUCAGACUUACGACGGAGCCUCUGUGAUGGCAUCAGAUCUUAAUGCGGUGCAGGCCAAGAUUAAAGAAAAGGUACCUGAAGCCACAUUUAUGCAUGGUUAUGCACACAAUUUGAACCUGGUUCUCUCGCAUUCGGCAAAAUGUAUGCCUGAGUGUGAAUUAUUUUUUAAUACAAUUGAAGGACUUGCCACAACUUUCACGAAGUCGACCGAGCUCACCCAGCAACUGGACGUUGUUGUUAAGAGACGUUUACCCAGAGCUGCACCCAUUAGAUGGAGUUCAAAUUCCAGACUAGUGCAUACGGUCAACAAGUACCAAACUGAUCUGCGUUCUAUGUUCCACAAUAUAAGCGAAGGUUUAGGUGUCUGGGAUGGUGAAACUAUGAUGAAGGCUUAUGGAUAUUAUAUAUUUCUGUCUAAAGCUUUAACCUGCUUCUUACUAAUGGCAUAUGAGGGCAUUUUCACAGAAACAGAUGCACUCUUUCGUGUGCUUCAGAGUAAAAUUAUGGAUGUUGAAUUUUGUCGUGGCCAAAUUCGCAAGACAAUUGGAUUUCUAGAACACCAGAGACAAGAGUUUGACAGUUUCUAUGAGCUAUUUGAGCAGAAAUGCCUCAUACUUGGCCUGACAGACAAGGAAAUAAGUAAAGAGCCAAUAAAAAAUGUGAGGAGAAGAAUGUAUUAUACCAUUCUGGACAAUGUCCGUGUUCAAAUGAAAGCUCGGUUCGAUCAUUUUGGUCAGCUAUCAUUCCUUAGUUUGGUCGAUUGCACAAAACUUUCUGAAAUGUCACAACAUUUGGAUGAUGCCAAACUGCGGGGUCUAUCAAAAUAUGCAAGGCACUUUGACUUGGUCAGACUAAAGGCUGAUCUUAUUGGAUUGUAUAGUUCAGAAAUAGUGAGGAACGAAUGCAAAUCAGCUGGACAGCUCCUCAACUUUUUGGUCCAGACAGAUCUGAUGCAGGCAGUUCCCGAGGCAGCAAAAUUACUCCAGCUGGUGCUCACCAUACCAGCUACAACAGCGUCUGUUGAAAACUCCUUCUCUGCUUUAAAACGAAUAAAAAAAUACAGUCAGAAACGGACUUACAAAGGGCAACUUUCAUCCCUGGCAUUCGUCAUUAUUGAGAAAGAGAGACUAUUAAAACUUAAAGAAAAGAGAGAGGACUUCUACAACAAAGUCAUUGACAUCUUUGCCCAGAAGGAUAGUCAAAUGGACUUAAUUUACAAGUAAAGUUCAGUCCCAGGGCAGAAUUUGCUGUGUACUCAGAUGCCGUAGCCUAAAAUACAGCAUGUCUGCAGAAACAGUUAGUGCUUUCUAUUUGCAGGAUUGCUGCUCAUCCGCCUGUUCUCUUCAAACAACGCUAAGCUCUGGCUGUGCUGUAUAAGUUUUCCUUAACGCAGUUCAGCUAGAGGGAAGAGCCGUUUGAAGUGAACAGUCGAAUACUACAGCUCAUUGAUUGACUGUCAUUCAGCGAUUUUUUUAAUUUUUUUUUUUAACCCUGUCCCCUAGCCUUUUCCCAGUUUGCCAAGUUGUGACUCCUUUUAAGAAGGUCUUGUGUUUUGAAAAAUGCACCUUUUUUAUAACUACAUGUUUACCGUAUUAUUUGAUGUUAGACCAAGAGCACAGAAAACAAAUUUAUUAAAGAAAUGUUUAAAAACAACAAAA